AUGCCACGGCUCACAAGACGGAGUGAAUCCUUAGAAGCUGGUGCGGCGGGUCCGUCGACGGGGCCAUCAGCUAGCAAGGCACGCAAGACUACCAGUGGACGACGAAUCGUGCCCGACGAAGAGGAGCAGGAUGGGCCCUUGCCUCAUGACCAGCAAUCCCGGGGCCAAGAGCUAGACGAGGAAAUCAAUGAGGAUGCGAUCGCUGGCAAGAUCGAUCCAGAAUGGUUGGACAGACCUCUGGACAGGCGUGUUGCAGGCAUCAAGCUACAAGCAUUGAUAGCAGCCUAUCAUCGCCUCGACAGCACCGCCAAUUCUGUCACGGAACGCUACGUGGAUGCCGUUGCGACCCUCUGCGAAGCCCACGGGCCGACGACCACGAAUGACUUAUCGAGCGACGUCGAAGAGCGCAAAGAGGCUACUGCAGCCACAGUUGACGCGGAGAUUCAACGGGCAGAUCGGCAGAUCAGGAAGUUCGUCGAUGCGACGAUGCAGCUUCGAUUCCAACGGGAUGCAGUCAAGGCAGUGUCGCAGGAGCUUGAUAGUGGUCGACCGGUCAUCAAACCCGGGGCGAAGUAUGAGGCUAUGAUCUCAAUUUCGUCGGCCGCAUACGACGCUAAGACGCCCCGCCGAAGAUACCUAGAAGCUCAACACUGGCAAAACUUUCGCAAGAAUGUGUGGGAACGCCUACACGAAGAGGCGAUGCCUAAUCUCAAACAGUAUCUCCCGCCCGAGACUGGCGACGAAGACGACAGUGACAGUGACGUCGAGCUGGGCGCUUCCAAGCAAAACUUUGUUUGUCCGAUAACGCUGAGACCCCUACUCGAUCCCGUCACAUCAGACAAGUGCGGCCACUCUUAUGAUCAGAAGGGCAUUCGAGAGUACCUUACUCAAAGCGAUCAUCGAGGACGACCAAAAGAAUGCCCCACAUCUGGCUGCAAUCAGAUGAUUACCUUGCACAACCUAUCGGCUAACCGCGACCUCGCUCGCCGAGCAGCUAAUUGGGAGCGCCAGGACACCAACCGCGAGGAGACCUCAGUCAAUGACAACAAGUAUCAUGACAUCGACAGCGAGACCGAAUAA